CGAUUACGGUUCAGUCGAAGUCGGAUCGCAACAGAAUCGUACACAGAUAAAAUAGUAGAAUUGUCCCGCCAAUCUCAUUUUAUUCAAUUAUCCUUAAUACUUAGUGUAGUUUUUGUGUUGUAGUUGUAUUGUGCUUCACGUGUGUUAAUUUAUUAAAUGUAAUUAUUGAAUGAACAAAAAUGUUUUCUAUAUUUAUAUUUUUAACGUUUUUUGUUGCAUCUCAGGCUCAAACUUCUACAGAUGAAUUAGAGAAGUUUUUAAUGGAAGCUAUAAGAAGUAAUGAAACAAUCGAUUUUGACUUUGAUAAAUAUGGAAAUAAGCCCUGUGAACCAUAUCAACCGGUCAAACCGAAUUUCUCCGCGCCUGGACGUCGCAUUAGCGAACAGAAAUGCUUCGAAUAUAUAUGGGAAAUGGAGAAUCGAGAAAAUGAAACAGAAUGGACACAAAUAUGCAGAAUUUACCUUAUAUCCCAGAUUAAAAAGGGUGUCGUUCCUGAAGUUUUGUUUGUGAUUAAUUCUCCUGUUAUAUUUGGCGGUCGACCAGCGACGCCUGGAGAAUUUCCCCAUAUGGGAGCCAUUGGAUGGAGAGCUAAGAAUCCCGAAGUUAAAUGGAUUUUUAAAUGUGGAAGUACUCUUAUUAGUAGAAAGUUCUUAUUAACUGCUGCUCAUUGUUCUAAAUUGUCGUUAAGGAGAUCUAUGGACAUCGUAAACAGUCAACCAGAGAUUGUUAGACUGGGCGUAGAGGAUAUCAGUGAUGACGAGUUUAAUAUAAAUGGUAAUCCUGUAGACGUAAAUAUCAAAAGAUUUAUCGUCCAUCCAAGGUAUAGAGCUCCUAAGAAGUAUUACGAUAUUGCCCUCAUUGAACUAGAGACAGAAGUUAAUCUUAUGAGCAAUGUACAACCAGCUUGCCUUUGGGCAGAAAAUGAUAUUAGUUACCUUGAUACUAAAGGAAUCCUGAGUGGCUGGGGAUAUACUGAACACGGAAGACUAUCAAACCAUUUGCAAGCUGCAGUCGUCGACUUCAUAGAGACGCCGCUAUGUGAUUUGAUUCUCCAAAAUUUUCGAAACAGACACUGGGGCGGGUUCCGAGAUCAUCAGUUAUGUGCAGGAAACUUAUCGGGAGGCAUUGAUACCUGUCAAGGUGAUUCCGGUGGACCAGUUCAAGUGAAGAUUCCUGUGAAGACUGAAGGUAAAAUGUACUGGACAGUGGGCAUAACAUCGUUUGGGAAUAAAUGUGGACAAAAAAACAGACCCGGUAUUUACACGAGAGUGUCUAGUUUUAUCGAUUGGAUCGAAGAAAUUGUUUGGGGUUCAACAAAUACUUCUACAUAGCUUAUGAAUUAGAAUUUGUAAUUGUGAAAGUCAUUGUAUUUUAUUUUUACGGAAAUCCAAA